AUGUCAUCAGAGCCUCCAAAGAAGGACUGGUCAGCAACGCAAUACCUUAAGUUCAACAAUGAACGUACCCGCGCCGUCUACGACCUUGUCGCUCAGGUCAAGGCACACAUCACCACCUCGAAUCCACGAAUCUACGAUCUCGGCUGUGGUCCCGGAAACUCAACAAAGGUACUUCUCGAUGCCUUCUCUGGCGCUACCAUCACCGGAAUGGACUCCUCGCCGGACAUGUUGUCCAAAGCCUCUGCCUCCCUUCCAGACAUCGAGUUUGUCAAGGGCGAUCUGUCCACCUUUCGACCCAAAGAAGGAGAACAAGUCGACCUCCUCUUCAGCAACGCCGUGUUCCACUGGCUGCGCAGUCCCACCCGCAUCCCCACACUAACGCGUCUCUUCCAGACGCUCCGUCCCGGCGGCGUACUUGCCAUCCAAGUGCCGGACAACUACGACGAGGAGAGCCACAAGCUGAUGCGGGAAGUCGCCCGCGCCCGGGGCUCAGCGUGGUCCCGCUGCUUCGUAGAUGCGCAGAUCGGAGUCCGAGAUUGCGGAGACAGGCCGGAUCUGGAUCCUAUCGAACCCCCGCGCGCCUUCUACAACGCUCUGAUUCCGCAUGCGGCUUCUGUCAAUGUGUGGAGGACAAACUAUCAUCAUGUGCUGAAGGAUGCGAACGCCAUUAUGGAGUGGGUGAAGGGAACGGGGUUACAGCCCUAUGUGCAGAGGAUUGAAGACGAAGAAGCCAAGAAGGCGUUUUUAGAAGAGUAUGAGAAGAGAUUGGCCAGGGCGUAUAAGGAGUUGGAUGAUGGGAAAGUCUUGCUUGGCUAUCCGAGGCUGUUCAUUGUUGCGGUCCGGCAGUGA